AUGUCGGUCGAAGCCGAGAAGAACGAUGCGAAAGCAAAGACACCACAAGAUCCACCUGCACCAGCAGUCAUGAACGUUGUCAUUGCUGAGCUGGACAAAGAUACGCCUGCCAAUGUGCACCUUACUGAGAAGAAGCUAGAAGGGCUCGCGGUCGGAUCAGUUACUACUGAAGCUCAAGCAGAUGGAUCCGUGGGUCAUGAUUUGAACACUGCAAAGGAAGAGAAAAUGCCGAUCUCGAGUAGUAACGAAGACUCCGCGACAGACACUCACCUCGGAAGCGAUGAUCUCAAACCAGACUCUACGCAGGAACCGCAAAGCCAGUACCUCUUCAGACCACCCCAAACAAUAUUCAGCUCAAUCCGUAGCACACACCAAUCCCGUUCCUACGAGCAGAAGAUGUCCCGCAAACCCUCCAGACGCAAGCUCGAGAAUAAGGAUGAUGUUCGCGAUAUUCACGAUCGUAGCUAUCGGAACAUCCUAGAUCCCCGUGCAGGUCCACCAGAGCGCUUCAUGACUAUCACUGCCCAACAAACGUAUGGUUCCAAUCCACCAAGUCUAGAAGAACUUCGUGUUAGCGAUUAUGCCCUUAGUCUCAUUAGGCCCUUAUCGUUAGGUGAUACAUCAAAGCAAUUAUCCACGGCCGAUACCUCACAUCCAUUCAACGACAAUAAGCUAGUCGAUAGGAAGCCAGCAACUUCGUCACAGUCUAGCUUGCCCAGUAUUACGAAGAAGUUAGCUAGUGAACAGACGGCUGUUCCAACCAGCUUAAGAGGUGUCUCUAGCACUCCGAUCAAUCCAUCGCCAGCGAUCGGCAGAGAGAUAGACCUAGAAACACGUUCAGCCACAGGCGAGGUCUAG